AUGCCAAUGGGAAAACAAACAAUUUCUCACAUCCUUGCAUUCGUGCUCUAUGCAUUGAGUUCUUCUAUACUGGGAACGACUGUCUGGCUCACCAUUUCCCUGAUAAUUUCAAAGACAGCGUCCCAGAACUCUGUAUGGUGCUUGUCAUGA